AAACCCAUUAUUUAUCUCUCUCACACACACACACACACACGCACACACACACAUACACACACAUCAAAACCUGUUAUUCCAAUACUUACAACUUAUAGUGAGCAAGCUGUACUUUAAUUUUUGCUAUGAAAGUAAUGAACUCGAUUUAAUAUAUUCUACCACGGACCACACAAACUCUGCUAUACAAUUCACAUUUCCUUAAUAAUAGACCUAAUGUAUUUGCCAUUCAACUUCAUUUAUCAAUAUAAUAUAUCACAGGCAGGUUAAAAUUGUAUUCAUAAAUACAGUAUAUCUUAUUGGUUGUCAUUCAUGAACUAUUUUUCCAUACAGUUUACUAUUUAAAGUUCAGAAAACUGUAUUAAACUUUACUGGGGGUCGUUCAUAAAGUAUCCUAACCAUACAUACCACAAACAAUCCAUAAACUCUUUUAUCCAUACUGUUGUUGACUUCUACGAAACUUUAUUUAUCCAGAUGUUUGACACCGUAUAGGAACGUUUGCAUUCGAGCAUUUGUUCCGUCGGACUGUUUUUGUGAUACACCGGGGGCGGAGCAGCGGGAGUUUUGAUUUGCUCAACGCAGAGAGAAUGUUUACACUUAGCGAUAUAAACAACUGACUCUACGGCGACGCUUGUUUUCGCUUAACCACUCUGCGUUCAUACGUGUUGUUGAAUUAAAAAGUUUUAAACUCAGGUCAAGAGUCAAACGAAUGUCAUGUUAGUUAACACCCAGCUACUCGCUCGUUGUUUGGGAAAAGUUCAUCUCCCUCAGUAUGAGCACUUCGGGUCCUCCUCUGAAGAAGAAGAGCUACAUGGGACAGCACCAGAUCAAGAAGAAACGAGGCUUCCAGGCUCCUGAUGAGCCCCUACACGGAGACAGACUGCUGCCGAGAAGCUGUUCUCUGUCAGGCAAGACAAGCAGAUCAGAAAACAUUAGCAGAGACAGCCUCGUGGGUGGAAGAGCAGCGUUCGUGUUGGGAGAAUCCACUUUAGCUCUUGAUGAAGAGAUGCUCCAGGUGCUGGAUGCUGUCGACCCUGUAAAGCCAGCAGCUGACCAUGCUGCUUGUAGAGUCGCACAGGAAGAGCCAGCAUUGUCAGCACCUCUUCAACCCACGGGACCCCACGUAGCCCCCGGCGCAGAGGGAAGAGUGCGUCGGCGUAGCGGUGAUUGUAAGAGACCAGGAUGGACAGCUGACUGCAAAGACCUUGCUCAGAAGCUUCUCUUCAGUGAGGAUUCAGAGGAACAUGCUCAGAGGGGUUCGGAAAGCAGUCAGUGGGUGAUAGCUUCUGCCUGCAUGAAUGGGCUGCCAUGUCAAAACAUAAAGAGAAGCCAGCAGGCAGGCAGCUCCAACAAGCAGAAGCGUGCAUCCAGAAGAAAGAGCUCUCCUGACACCAAAGAGGAGGGUGGAUCAAGCAAGGAUGCCGAUCACCCUCUUGGUGCAUCCAGAGACUACAUCUUGUUCAGCCCCACACGCCUCGCAGCUGCUAUGAAGAAGGCCAAACUCCAGCAGUCGUUACAGAAUCAGUCGGCCUCUGUGCUCACAGUCCCCACUGGAUUAGAGCUCAGUACUAUCAGUGACUCUUUACCUCAGCCAGACAUUGCGUUGUGCGCUCCCUUGGAACAAGCUGAAAAGCUGCUGUUAUCCAGUUGGGGUUUGCCGAAGCCUGUCCUGGACCGCUACCAGAAACAUGGAGUGACUCGCAUGUUUGAGUGGCAGGCUCAGUGCCUCAGUGUGGGACACGUGCUACAGGGAAGAAACCUGGUAUACUCUGCCCCCACGAGUGCUGGAAAAACUCUGGUGUCAGAGCUGCUGAUGUUGAAGCGUGUGUUGGAAACCAAAAGAAAAGCUCUCUUCAUUUUGCCUUUUGUCUCUGUGGCCAAAGAGAAGAUGCACUAUCUUCAAAGUGUAUUUGAAGAGGCAGGAGUUCGUGUGGAGGGAUACAUGGGCAGCACUUCAGCUGCUGGAGGGUUCACAGCGCUGGAUGUGGCUGUUUGCACCAUAGAAAAAGCCAACUCUCUGAUUAACAGACUCAUUGAAGAAGACAAUAUGAGUCUACUAGGUAUGGUGGUGGUGGAUGAGUUGCAUAUGGUUGGGGAUUCUGGAAGAGGAUACCUGCUAGAACUGCUCUUAACCAAAAUCCGCUACAUAGCACAGAAGCAAAACACCACAGGGUCUCUGUCUGAUGGUGUACAGAUAAUAGGUAUGAGCGCCACCUUGCCUAACCUCACCCUCCUGGCUAGCUGGUUGGGAGCAGAGCUUUACCAGACAGACUACAGACCUGUACCCCUCCAGGAGCAUCUCAAAGUGGGCUGCAAUAUCUACGACAAGAGCCUCUCUGUGGUCCGACAGUUCACUCCUGCACUCCUCAUUAAGGGUGAUGACGACCACAUAGUAAGCUUGUGUUAUGAGACGGUGAGCGAGGGCCACUCAGUGCUGCUGUUCUGUCCCUCAAAGAUCUGGUGUGAGAAGCUUGCAGAUAGCAUCGCUAGAGAAUUCUACAACCUCAGACAUGCUGAUCGUCAAGGCAACGCUGACCUCCAGCCAGUGCGUCUGGAUCGGGACGGACUAGUGGAUGUUUUUGCCCAGUUGAGACGAACUCCUGCUGGGCUAGACCCCACCCUCCAGCGAACGGUGCCAUGGGGGGUGGCCUUCCACCAUGCAGGUCUGACAUUUGAUGAACGCGAUGUAUUGGAGGGAGCUUUUCGUCAGGGCAUGGUCAGAGUCCUGGCUGCCACUUCUACCCUCUCUUCGGGAGUUAAUCUCCCAGCCCGCAGGGUCAUCGUUCGAACCCCGACCUUCAAUGGACACUUGUUGGACCCACUCACGUACAAACAGAUGGCUGGACGAGCAGGGAGAAAAGGAGUAGACACUACAGGUGAAAGUGUGUUGGUAUGUAAGGAGGCAGAGCGUCAGAAAGGUAUCAGCCUCCUUACAGGUGCUCUUCAGCCAAUCAACAGCUGUCUAGUGAGAAGGGAAGGAGAAGGUGUCACCACUAGCAUGCUGCGAGCCAUCCUGGAGAUCAUUGUUGGCGGUGUAGCCAGCACUCCACAGGAUGUGAGGUUGUAUGCUUCGUGCUCUCUUCUGGCUGCCAGCAUGAAAUGUGACGACAAAUACAAAUCAAACGAAGAGACCAACAAAGGGGCCAUUGAGGCCUGCGUUGAAUGGCUGAUGGAGAAUGAAUUUAUUAACAUCCAGAAGGACGGACAAGAGGAGCGAUACUGUCCCACUCAACUCGGCGCUGCCACCCUGUCCUCCUCGCUCUCCCCUCCUGAGGCUCUCGGAAUAUUUGCAGAUCUCCAGCGUGCCAUGAAGGGCUUUGUACUGGAAAAUAAUUUGCAUAUUCUCUAUCUGAUUACCCCGCUGUACGCAGAGUGGACAACCAUAGAUUGGUAUCAGUUCUUCUGCCUGUGGGAACAGCUCUCAUCAUCGAUGAAAAGAGUAGCAGAGCUGGUGGGCGUCCAGGAAGGUUUUCUCGCAAGGUCUGUCAGCAGCAAAGUUGUUGCCAAGACAGAAAAGCAGCGUAGACAGAUGGCAAUUCAUAAACGGUUUUUCACCACGUUAGUGCUGCAGGAUCUGGUGAAUGAGGUGCCUUUGGGAACAGUGGCGUCUAAAUACAACUGCAAUCGUGGGCAGUUACAGUCUCUCCAGCAGUCUGCUUCUACAUAUGCAGGUAUGGUUACAGUGUUCUGCAAGCGUCUGGGCUGGCACAACAUGGAGCUCCUGUUGUCCCAGUACCAGACCAGGCUGAGCUUUGGAGUCCAGAGGGAGCUGGUCGACUUGGUCAGGGUUUCGCUCUUGAAUGCAACACGAGCCAGAGCACUCUACGCACAGGGGCUGUGUACUGUUGCCGAACUAGCCAGAGCUACUGUGGCUGAUGUGGAGAAAGCCUUAAGGAAUGCAGUCCCAUUCAAGAGCUCCAAACGUGCAGUGGAUGAAAGUGAGAUGGAGGCAGCUGAGAGACGGAGCAUUCGCUGUGUCUGGGUAACAGGUGGGCGGGCCCUGACGGAACAGGAAGCAGCUACUGAGAUAGUUUCUGAGGCAAGGCUCCUCCUUCAGGAAGACCUGGCCCAGCUAGGAGUUCAGUGGGACCCAACGACACUUCCCGGGGCUCCUGCUGUCAAUCCAGCUGACCAUCACAGCAGUGACUCAGGAGCAUCAUCUGGCUUGUGUCUUAGUUCACAAGAAGCACAGACAGAUAACACAAAAGACGGGCAGGAGGGAGACGGGAUCAAGAAAAGUAAGGGCAGAGAUACAGACAGACAUAGAGAGGAGGAUUCUAAAAUUGAGAAAAGAGUGUCUGAAAGAAAAAUGGAGAAACCAGAGGGUGAAGACAGGAGAGAGCCAGAGAAGGCCCAACCUGCUGAGAAGGAAGUAAACAGAGAAGAUCAUAUGAAAGACCCAGAAAUCCGACAAACAGAUAAUGAGAUGCCAGUGGAAAGUAUUGAAGAAACAAAAAAAGCAGAGACAUAUAAAAAGCUGUCGAAGGCAAAUGAAACAAAAACUCUAAAUGAAAAACAAGACAGACAAAUGCCCAUAAGGUCAGAGGAGAAAGGAGUUGAGAAAAGUGACGGAACAGUCUCAGCCAGAGCCGGAGGUCAAGAAGCGAAACGAUCCAUUCCUGAAAGGAGCCUGACACAGGAAUUGGCUGAGAUUGUAUCCAGUGCUCUGCUUCAAUCGCUGACACAACCUCAGCCCACACCUUCUCCAAAGCCUCCCCCUCGCUUUAGAGCCCCAAUAUGCUGGGUUAAGGAACAACAAAGUGUUUCCACAAGCGCUUUAAAAGGAGAUGGUAUCACAGGUCUCCCUGCCUCACCUGUGCACAGAAGUGGACUCAAACACUCAAGAGCCCUAAGCAAAGUCCUACAUUCAUUACAAACUGACAAAUGUGCACAAGAUAAUCUAGAGACAUCCAACCUGUCACAAGUCCAGAAAUCAGGACCUGCAGUCCAGCUUCCUACUACUGUUCAAGCUACUGACCCUGUGCAACAUACUCCUCCCACAGUUUCUGCACCUACAAAUGCAGAUACAUCAGCUUCACCUCCGUCUGUUCAGGACUCGGCCUCCUCAUCCUCUCCUGAAGCCAAGCGAAGAAGAGUAGGGGACGGAGAGGCAGAAAAGUUUUCAUCUCCUGAGCUGUAUGCAGGAGAUGAAAGAGAUGAAGACGUUGAGGGAGAUCUGAAAAGGGCAGAAGAGAGUUUUGGCAACAGCUUUGAAUUGGACACUCAGACAGAAAGAAUUAUUGUUCAACAGAGGGACGGGAAUGAUAAAGGAGUAAAUCGGACGGUGGAAGAGGAGGAAAUGGUAGAAACAGCCUUAGAGCUGGAGGGUGACACAGAUGAGGGGAAAAAUGGACUUGCCCCUCACAACCAAUGUCCAAGAUUCAAUAUAUCUCUUACAGAUAGCCAGAUGGAGCUCAUCCUUAAUACCAGCCACCAGAUUUCCCCUUGUCCUGCUCGUGAUGAUAACAUCAAAGACAAAAAUGAAGUUGGUGAUGAUGAUGAAGCCCCUGAUGCCAAUCAGGUUACUUCUGAGAGUCUUAACCGAAGCAGUAGUUUCCUGUUUGACAGCUUGUAUGACAGCGCUCUGCUGGCUGGUCUGAGCCCACAACAGAUCCUUCAGCAAUCUGAUGAUGAGGAGGAGGAGGAAUCUGUCGGCCAUGAGGUCAAAAACGAGUCCCCCCUCCCAUCAACCCAGGAUCGACGACGCAGUGAGCUUCUUGCCAACCAGCAAGCGGAAAAGCAGGAGGCGAUCCAAUGGGGCGAGUCCUCCUUCAACUUGUCAGAGUGGGGCGACUCGAUGUUCGUGGGCGAACAUUUUAUGGAGAGGCAGAGUUUGCUCAGAUAUACAGAGAGAACUGAAAAGGGGCAAGAAGGCCUCCAUCAUCAAGCGGAACCUAACGCAGAACAUGUUCCGCCUGAGGAACCGCGGGCAGAUUCACCAUCUGAACCUGGUCAGAUACAACAACGACCACCUGACAACACUGUUACUAAAAAUGAGUGUGAUAAGGAAACGGCUACCAACACUAAUGUGAAAAAUGACAAUAAACCAGGUGACAGGCAGGGAAGGUUAAACAAAGAUGGGGAAAAGCAGGAAGAGAAAGAAAAAGAAGCAGUACUGAAUGUUUCAUUGUCAGAUAAUGCACCUCAAAGUAAUCUUCACUGCAGCCCUGGUUUACAAGAGAUCUUUGACCGUUGGCCCAGUAUGUCUGACCAGUCCUGGCCAAACCCUACGACAGGCCACACACUCACUCAAACACACACUGCCGCUGCAAACACUGCGGAUGCCACUGAUCUACCUCAGCCCGCAAUACAAGUGGGCAGAGAAUUUGGGAAGUUAAAGGUGCAAUCUGCUGCUCCUGCUGAGAGUAAUUCUCAAUCAGCAGGACCCUCCAGCCAUAACACUAAGAAUAUAACGGAGAGACCAGGAUCUGCAGGUGACCUUAUCCCCCCUACCCAGGAAACACCACCUGUCACACCCAGAGUAAAACUAACCACCUCCUCAGUCCAGUCGCCUCUCACCACCCAGCCACAUCACCAGUCGACUCCCUCAGCCCUUCCUCUACGGAAACGGACUGCCCCAACAUGUUGUAAAUCUCUCCUAGGACACAGUGAUGGUCAGUCAGGAGCUGCAAACACUAAAGUGCCCAAUGCUAUGUCUGUUAGGAGCCACAAACACCAGCUGAGGCAACCGAAGUCUACAACCACAGACACCAUGCCCGAAUCAGAGCUGAGGUCUGUUCCACACCCGUCUUCAAAAACCAAACCCCUGCCACACAGCGACCAGAACCACAGCUGUCCUCCACACUGUGCUUCUCCAUCCACCACCCGGCCGAAGCCGCCAUCUGACACGGAAUCGCCCGUGAUUGAUGAAGGCUUCUCUCUUCAGCUGUCCCAGGAUGCUUCACUCUUCCCGAGCAACUCGGGGACCUUCUCCAUCAUAGACGUGGCAAGUGACAGGGGCCUCUUCGACACCUUCGUUGAAGAGUGGAAAACAAAGGAGCGGUACUCUCUGGCUCUGGCCUGUGAAAAGAGGGAGCACAGAGAGCAGCCUGAGGGGGAAAUAGGAGGGAAACACAAGAGAGCAUCAGCAGCUCAUCAGAAGCUCAACAGGACUGAUGGUUUUCCAGUAAGAGACAGUGAUGGACUGGUGCUGAUUGGACUGUCUGUCUGCUGGGGAGCAAGAGACGCCUACUACAUAUCUCUGCAGCAAGAGCAGAGCAAAGGUUUGAGCUCCAGUCUGGCUCCUCCUCCACUGGAUGGUGAUCUGCCAGUAAGUGAGAGGCUGGAGCAGGUGAAGGCUUGUCUGGGCAGGCCGUCGACCAGUCCUCCUGGGGGUGUGGUUGUCACUCAUGACAUCAUCCAGGUGUACAAGACGCUGGUUCUGAGCUGUGGCAUCAGCUUAGAGGGUAACUGUGAAGAUCCCAAGGUAGCGUGCUGGCUGGUGGACCCAGGCAGUGAGGAGAGGACUCUCCCCAACAUGGUGACUGUCUACUGUCCUGAAGAGUUACCUCUGUUGGACGGACUUGGAAAUGCCCAUGCACACUGUCCUCGCGUUAGGGCGGCGACCAAGAGUGUGCUUGUCCAUGCUGUCAUGAACCACGUCACCAGUCUGCUGGAGCAAGACGGCAUGCUCGAUUUAUUCAGGAGCGUUGAGAUGCCUUCGCAGGUAUGUUUGGCCCUGUUGGAACUGAACGGAUUAGGCUUCAGCGUUGAAGAGUGCGAGAGACAAAAGCAUGUAAUGCAGGCCAAACUCACAGCGCUGGAAUCUCAGGCAUACGACCUGGCUGGACACAGCUUCUCCCUCACCAGCAUCGACGACAUUGCUCAGGUGUUGUUCUUGGAGCUCCACCUGCCUCCAAACGGUGAUGUGGGUGGAUCAAAAAGUAAGAAGACUCUGGGCUACACCAGGAGAGGCGGCGGCAGAGUACGACUCGGAAAGCAGUUCAGCACCACCAAGGAUGUCCUGGAGAAACUUUGCGCCUUGCACCCGUUGCCAGGCGUCCUUCUGGAGUGGAGGCGGAUCACUAACGCGUUGACCAAAGUGGUCUUCCCCCUGCAGAGGGAGAAGCAAUAUCAUCCCACACUGGCCAUGAACAGAAUAUAUCCCAUCGCCCAGACACACACAGCAACAGGUAGAGUGAGCUUCACCGAGCCAAACAUACAGAACGUCCCCAAAGACUUUGAGAUCUGCAUGCCCACGGUGGUGGGCGAGAGCCCGCCUUCACAAAACGGCUGCCGAUCGACCAACAGACAAGGAAAGACGAGACGCUCUGCGGUGCCUUCAGUUACAGCUGGAGCUGAGGGACAAGGCCCGACCUUCUCCGUCAGCAUGAGACACGCUUUUGUACCUUUUUCAGGCGGAAUGAUAUUAGCAGCUGAUUAUUCCCAGCUGGAGUUGAGAAUAUUGGCUCACCUGUCCAAGGAUCAGCGACUUCUACAGGUGCUGAACGGAGGAGCAGACGUGUUUCGCUGCAUCGCCGCCGAGUGGAAAAGUGUCGACCCAGAGGCUGUGACCGACAACCUCAGACAACAGGCAAAACAGAUUUGUUAUGGUAUCAUUUACGGGAUGGGAGCAAAGACAUUGGGCGAACAAAUGGGCGUGGAGGAGAACGACGCAGCCUGCUACAUAGAGAGUUUCAAGGCCAGAUACAAAGGGAUAAAUGCUUUUCUUAAAGAAACAGUGAAGAAGUGUACGAAGAACGGCUACGUUCAGACUCUGAUGGGCCGCAGGAGAUACCUGCCUGGAAUCACCAACAGCAAUUCACAUGUCAAAGCACAUGCAGAGCGUCAGGCAGUGAACACGACUGUGCAAGGUUCGGCAGCAGACAUCGUUAAACUUGCCACCGUGAACAUCCAGAAGCGACUGCGAAAGACGUACCCUGCUGCGCCACUGUCUCAUCAGCACACACACUCAGCGAGCAAACCAUGCAGGCCUGGGACGUCUCACCCGAGCGGAGCCUACUUUGUCCUGCAGCUGCACGAUGAACUCAUCUAUGAAACCACAGAGGAAGACAUCAUACAGAUUGCUCAGACAGUCAAGAGGGAGAUGGAGUCGGCUGUAAAACUGUACGUAAAGCUCAAGGCCAAAGUCAAGGUGGGACCCAGCUGGGGGAACCUGCAGGACCUCGAUCUGUAACCAGAACGUUUAAUAUCAUCUAAUUGCUGCUUGAAAUUCUGUGAUGCAUGUCAAUACUUGUAAUACAUUAUUUUUAAUCAAUACAUUGACAAUGAUGAAAUAUAAGAAUCUAAGAUGGCCAUGAUUGCUCCAUGAACUCUAAAUGAACUAUUGAAUGUAUUUAUAAAUCUACUUUCUAGUGUGUCAAAAGAGUAUAUACUGUUUUACGGGGGGGGGAAAUGAUUUUAAAUACUGAUAGAUACUCGACAUGAGAUUUUAUGUACGAGGAUAUUGUUAUUUAAUAAAUUACAGUUGUUACAAUUA